GAAACCUUUUACGUCGUAUUUUUAAUGGAAAUAAUUAACGAAGUUAUCUUGAUUGUUAGGAGGGGUAAAAAGUUUUCUUUUAAUAUAUAAGUGAUACGACAGCUCAGUAUUGGACAAAUCAACAUACUUGCAACUUUGUUAUUGAAAUGUAUCGUCUACAGUUUAAGAUGAGCUCACUAUUACCAAGGAUAGCAGUUGUCAUUCUGCUGGUUUGCUGUUUAGAAGCGACAUGCGCCUUCGUCUGUCAACCAGACUUCUGCAGUACCGUCGACUGCGCUCAGUUCCCGACUGAAAAGACAUGCAAAGGAGAACUUGUACCGAAUUCAUCCCUUUGUGGAUGUUGCUCAACGUGCCACAUACAUAUUGAAGAAGGAGGUGAUUGCUCAGUAUUGUUACAUUCUGUGUUGGGCCCGCCAUUGGAAACCUCAUACCACUGUGCGCACAACUUGAGGUGCAUUGAUGGAAAAUGCGUACAAGACUAAUGACAAUAAUCAUUUAAUUUGUAUGUUCAUAAUUAUACCAUUUCAUUUCUAUAAUUUAGCUUAUUUUUAAUAACUGUGGGGUUAUAUCAUCUUUGUAAUAAAAUAUAAUUUUUUAGACCAAUAAAAAAACUUUUUAAUUUACUAAAAUUUACAUGUUAAAUAAUUGAUAUAAAAUGACCAUAAAUUUGAUAAAAACUUAAAGAUUUAAAUUUUGUAUUAUUAAAAUCAAUAAAGUAAUUUUAAAGUUUU